AAUUUUUUAACCCUUCCAGUGGGCGUGCAGCGUCCCGUUGGAGCCCCAGUUCUACAGCGACUGGACGAAAAAGAACGGUGAGGUGUGGGAGUCGACAAGAGGGUGACCAAGACUGAGCGUCCCGACUGGGAAACGAGGAAAUUGGACAAGGCGACAGCACAGCGUUUGUCGCGCACAGUGGCAUCGCACCUUUCGGUUCGCGACUCCAUUGUUCCCGCUUCUCCCCCUUUCCCUCGGGUCCUCUCUUUUCUGCUUGCAUUGUCGUGACCAUUCCGUAUCGAACGGUGCCUAUUUUGUCGGAAUCAUUUCUUGGGGGGUUGGGUUUUCUUUGGCUCAUCGUCGAGUGGGUAAGCGCUGGAGAUUGGCCUUUUUUCUUUCUUUUUUCUCUCAUCAUAUUUCCCCCCUCGUCCGUUUCGGUAAGUAGAGUCCGGUCCCGUUCCUUCCACCCAAGUCGAUUUUUGCCGAAGAGCCACAGACAGCUGGCGACGCGCACCCACCGCACCGCAGCGCACUCCCCUGAGCCCAAAUCUCAUCUCCCCUUGGGAUUUCUGGUCGUGCCGCUUGAGCUGCCGGUGCCCGUGGCAAGACACUAGGCCGACGCUUUCACCUCCUCACCUCCGCCCCUCCCCGCAACCCUCCCAGUUCCGUUGUCGUGGCCUGUGUUUUGUCCUUUCGCUGCUCUUCCUUGUCUUCGCUGGCCAUUUGCUGCGACCUCACCUGCAACCCAAGGCACCUGCGAUUUGCUGCCUGGCGCUGCAUCACCCUCCAGCGCAGUCGCUUUUCUUGGACUUUUUAUUGCUGCUGCCUCCUGUCACCGGCCGACCCCUGCAUGGUUGGAUGACGCCGCUGCCGUGCUCGUUACCGCCGGUUCUGGAGGCCUCGAGGCUGACCCGACAGUCACUCUUUUCCUGCCGAUAAGAGGCCAGGACAAACACGCUAGCGACCGGCUCUUUCCUGGAAGACCAAGCGAUCCAUCCUUGGCCAUCGUCGAGUCAGCCAGAUAGCCCGCGGCUCCGUCGCCGACCUCCUGCCUCGGCGCUUUCCUUCGCCGUCGCGAGCCAUCUGACCGCACCCUCCCGAAAGCCUCCGUAUUCCUGGCCGAGCCGCAAACCGCCGCCGCCCCAAAAUGUCAUACUACGAAAACUCGCAGUGGUCUGCCGGGGGGCAAACCACCUGGGAGCACCAGACUCCCCCCGCCCGCUCAGGUGCCAGCUCUACCGUCCCGCGAGAGGAGGCUGCCGCUUUUGUUUCCCAAAUCGAGGAGGUCGAAAAAGCGAUCGACAACCUCGUCAAAAGCGGCAAAAUGUUUACGGUGCCAGGCCGACACAACCACAACCGCAUGCCCUCCGGCCCCAGCUCGCGCCCACAUUCGGUUGGCGGCUUCGAAGAUGCCCGCGGGCCCCAUCAGGGUUCCAACCUCUCCAAUUUUUACGCAAAUCAAAGACACCAGUCUUCGCGAGGCUCCAACGAGGCGGAGCAGAUGAUGCAGGCGAAGCGGAGGAUGGCGGCUCAGCGAGAGCGAGAGCUACGCAACUAUCAUCAAGAGCAGCAAUACAACCGAACGGCUGUUCUCUCGGACAUGAGCAGCUACAACAAGCCCGACCGCACCUUAAGCCCCGGCAGUAACAUGUCCGAGGACGAGCGGCGUGAGCUCAUUGCCCGCCAGCGCAGUGCCCUUUAUGGCGAAGGCCUCCGCGGACCCUCGCCGCUCGCGUACGAGUACGGUCGUACCCCGUCGUCGAACCAAGGCGAUGCCCAGUCACAACAGCAGCAGCCUCAGGGGCCCGGUGCCCCCGAGGGGUCUCAAGCUGCCAUGGUGGCCGCCAACGACCGGUCCCGCGCCAACUCGAAUGCGAGCCCCUUGUCCAACGCCGGCUCCAGGGCCGCCUUCGAUGCGCCGCCGCCGCAGUCGCAGCAGUCGCAACAGGGAGGUGCGCCCAUCACCAGGGCAAGCACCUCUUCGCCCAACGGGUCGCCGAGUAACAACAAGCAGUCGGCCGGGGGUGCGGCGGUCGCGCCGAUCGGCACCAGGCCUUCUGGGGCCGGCUCGCCGUCAAACCCGGCGCUUGCCAACAAGCAGCGGUCGACAACUCCACUGCCAUCGCCACUGAGCCACGGCUACAGCGCGUCCUCUACCGGUAACGGUGAUGACAAGUCCGGCAAUGUUGGUUCGUCCAACACCCCGCAGUCGGCGACUGCCGGGCCCGAGAGUGGCAAUGUCGGCAUCUCGGGCUGGGGCGGGCGGCCUGGCGUCUGGGGCAACAAGUCCGGCCUCGGCUCGGUCCAGGCCAGCGUCUGGGGCUAGAGUCCCCUGAUGACCUAGCCGUCGCCGGGACACCCGAAGCAGAGACCGACUCUGCGGCGGUUCCAAGGACAUGCUCGUCGUUUCUUUCAUGACAGAUUUUCUGGUGCAUUUAGUGCUUCUGCGGUUUCUUCGCAGUACAUAUGGCGUCAGUGUCUCGCUUUGUUACUUAAAUGGGGCCGGCACGGGCAAAGCAGCAUUACAUAUAUACGGGCGAAGGUGGUGGGAAGGGAUGUUCUUUCUUGGGUGCGAAACAUGGAGAGCAAACCAAUCGGAGUCAUCUUUUUGGUGUUUUUGGGACUGAGUUUGGGAACAAGUGGGUGGGCAGGAAGACAAGUUUUUGUGUUUCUCCUUAAAAAGAAGAUUGGGUGCACCUGCUAGUUUGGGGGCAAAGGUGGGAAAAGGGAAGGGGUCUGCAAAGGAGGUUCCGGUUAUCAUCUAAAGCUUAGUUUCUUGCGCUUACAACCCCUGGUAGUAAUGGUGGAGGAAAUAGUGUGGCCUGGGGAUACUGCUUCGUCAUAUUUUGGACUCUGGGGAGGGUUAUAUGGGGGAGUUUUUGCUUUUUUUUUCCUUGCCUGUCUUUGGUCGUCUCACAUCGCUGCAUGGAAUUUCACGUCAUCACCAUAAAAAAACACAUCACAAGCAGCAACCUACAACAUAAGCUGGCGGGCAGGGUAUCAGGGGGAUAGGAGUUUAUCAGAAAGAAAGCAAUUGAUCGGUGUUCUAGGGGGACUAGGGGUGCAUAUUUCUUUCUUGUCAGUACUCGUUGCCAACCGGCCAACCCGCGGGUGCCUCUUCUUUGUGGAUUUGCUUGUGUCAAGAGGUUUGGGAAUGC